GGCCUCUCCCGCUUCCUCUCCCUCCCUGGCUGAGUGCCAGGCCCAGCACUUCCUCCCAGGCAGGCAGCCCGAGCUGCAGCGGCCGGGGGUGCUAGGAGCCCAGGUUGCUGUGACGGCUCCUGUCUGCACUGCGCAGUCUGGGAAUAGGCACCCGCUGCCCUGAUGGAGGCAGAGCCCUCCGGAGUCAUCCUGCUGACGCAGAUCAUACCCCAGCCCCACUCAUCAGACCCCUCUGCCCCAGCGCGGCCCCUGCGGAAGUUCUACCAGGGGGAGCCGCUGGCUCUGGGAAUCACACAGAUAUUCACGGGCAUUGUGCAGGUAGCUUUCGGCAUCGUCCUGAUCCUGGUGAAUAAGUACCAGCUAAUAGUACACUCGGGGACUCCCUUUUGGACUGGGAUCUUGUACAUCAUUUCGGGGGUCAUUUGUGUGGCAGCUGCCAAGAACCCCAAGAUCUCACUGGUGAGGGGCCUGCUGGCUAUGAAUAUCCUCAGCGCCAUAGUGAGCGGACUGGGCAUCAUCCUCCAGUCGUUCUUCUUUGUCUUCGACUACCGGCACAGAAACUGCCAGUGGAUCGAGUCGUCCCAGUCCUGCGCGCCGACCUCCGGAGUGCCCACGGAUAUCAUGUUCGGGGUGGCCAUGAUUCUCUUCGUCUUCACCAUCCUGGAGUUCUGCGUCUCCAUCUCCAGUGCUGCUUUCGGGUGCAAAACACUCUGCCGGGACAGCUACAGUGACAUGUCUGUGGUGAUUUAUCAGAACAUGGGGCCCCCAGCUGCCGUCGCCAAUGACCCUCCCAAAGCCCCGCCCCCUUACCAGGACACCCAGACCCCCGAGCCAUUGUGCACCAGGCAAAGAGGCGCAGGGGAACUGGGAGACUGUCCAGCCCCCGGCCUGCCCUAUUCUUACAUCAGCUCCAAUCAGGGCGGCGAUGGUUUCUGGAGCUUCCCAGGAGGGGCCCCUUGUUUACGGGAUGGGGUCCAAGCUCAGCUCUUUCCUGACCGAGUGACAGCCAGCUGCAGAGCCGGAUGGAGGGGUUCUGCUAUGGCCACCACCGGGACAGCCAGCUCAGCCGGCCCCAUCACCAUCAUCAACAGGUUCAUCACCCAGCCCCACACGGCCAGUGCUGCCAACCCAGCCAAACUGCAGCCCCUGGAGAAGUUCUACAAGGGGGAGCCGCUGGCCCUGGGGAUCACCCAGAUCCUAGUUGGAGCUGUGCAGCUUGCUGUCGGGGUGAUGAUGGCUAUGGUCAGCUUCUCUUCGUGGACAUUGGCAUUGAGUGCGCACGUCCCAAUAUGGAGUGGGUUGCUGUACAUCAUCUCGGGGGCCCUCUCAGUGGCGGCUGCAAAGAAUCCCAAGAUACAACUGGUGAAAGGCAGCCUGGGAAUGAACAUCAUCAGCUCGGUGCUGGCUGGAUGUGCCAUUAUCCUGUACCUGAUCAGCUUGACAGAAUCCAGGCAUCAGAACAUCUGUUACUGGUACCCAGAGACGUGCAUCACUUAUAAGGUAACCACGGCCUGCAUUGCGGUUCUGCUCCUGUUCACCUUCCUGGAAUUCUUUGUCUCCAUCUCCACUGCGGCCUUUGGGUGCAAAACCAUCUGCCGGAACAGCUACAGCGAAGUGUCUGUGGUCAUUUACCAGAACAUGGUGCCGCCAGAUGAUCCAGCUACUGCCACCAGCACCCACACUGAUGCUGUUGCCUGCACUCCUCCUCCUUACAAGGACCUCGCCACCCCAUGAGAUGUUCCCUAGGGCAGCCACUGCC